UAACGUCAUCGCGUUGAUGUUUCAGAUUGUCGUGUUGGAGAUCAUCAGAUGCCGAAAAGACAACGGCAGCAAAGUGGUGGUCUGGGGAAGGAAAGUUCCGAACGUCCUGUGGCAGAUCUACUGCUCGGCGGCGUUCUUACUCCUCGGAAUGGCCUUCUCGCAACUGAGCACCGACAUCAUCAAGUAUAUGGUUGGAAGACUGAGACCGCACUUCUACACGGUCUGUCAGCCGGUCUUCGGUAACGGGAUGACAUGCGAGAAGAUCGACAAGAACUUCCACAGGUACGUGGAGGACUACCGGUGCACCGGCGGCACGGAGCGUCAACUGAAGGAGAUGCGACUGUCGUUCCCGUCCGGUCACAGUUCGUUCUCCAUGUACACGAUGCUCUACUUCGCGCUCUACCUGCAGGCCAGAUGGCAUUCCUGCAGCAACACGAAGAUCCUGAAGCACGCCGUUCAGUUCUUGGCGGUCCUCUCGUCAGUGGCCGUCGCGAUGAGCCGGAUAUCCGAUUACAAACAUCACUGGUCGGACGUUCUCGGUGGUCUCACCCUCGGCGCCACCGUCGCCAUCAUCACCGCCCGAUGCUUUUCCGGCAUCUUCGACAAAACCGGAAGGCAUCAGCAGCAGCUUGAAGGAAGCAAGAUUUCCGCAGAACUCACCAACUUGAACCUCAACAACGGGAACAACGUUUAGAGAGCAACAGCUUCUUCUCUUUAUUAUUUUUUUUUUAAUUAACGAAAUGAGAUUAUUAUGGUGUUUUUUUUCUUUCUUUUGUUUAUUUGUUUGUUUCAUCUUUUGUUUUUCUUUUUUUGAGUAUCUUCUACGUAGCAGUGCAGUAUUAAUACUUAACUUAUUCGAUGGUUAAAUCGACCUUCUUUCGUCUUUUGUUUUGUUGGUUGUUAAGGACG